CUUCAGUAUGUCAUGUCACUCCCGUACACUAGGUGGCGGACAGUAACUUACGGGUCAGGAUGCAGCUUAAAUACACGGCGAAGGAGCAGCAAGCAUGGCGUCCUCAUAUCAUGAGGAGAUGCAGGAGGUGUUCAGGAAUAACAACAAAAGCAGAGAGUUCCCGGCUCACAAUGCUAAAGUGCAUUCGGUGGCUUGGAGCUGCGAUGGAAAACGACUGGCGUCCGGAUCAUUUGACAAAACCGCCAGCGUGUUCGUCCUGGAGAAAGACCGACUGGUGAAGGAAAACAACUACCGAGGGCAUGGAGACAGUGUGGAUCAGCUGUGCUGGCAUCCCACCAACCCUGAUCUGUUCGUCACCGCAUCAGGAGACAAGACCAUCCGCAUCUGGGACGUACGGACCACCAAAUGCAUGGCCACGGUCAGCACCAAAGGGGAGAAUAUCAACAUUUGUUGGAGUCCUGAUGGUCAGACCAUUGCUGUCGGCAACAAGGAUGAUGUUGUGACCUUCAUUGAUGCCAAGACGCACCGUCCCCGUGCCGAGGAGCAGUUCAAGUUUGAGAUUGACAUUGCUGAAGUAGAGACGGGUGAGAAGCUCUGGGAGAUUCAGUGCGAGUCUCCGACCUUCACUGUAGCGUGGCAUCCGAAGAGACCGCUGCUGGCGUACGCCUGCGACGAUAAAGAGGGCAAAUAUGACAGCAACCGAGAGGCAGGGACCGUCAAGCUCUUUGGACUUCCCAAUGACUCCUGAGGACCAGAGUUUUCAUGUGUUCAAGCGUAUUCUGCCUCAUUAGAGGUUUAAUCGAUGGCUCAUUCGAUUAAUCUACUUGUUUUGAGGUGAAUGGUGUAAAUAGUUCAAAGAUAUUUUGAUGUUCAGUUCUCAUAUUAGGAGUUCCUGAAUGAUCAAGGUAUCAUUUGCAAGUAUAAAUAACUACUGCCUGCAGCUCCUCUACAGAAAAAAGGAUAAUGUUCAUCCUUUUGCAAAAACUGGCUUGGCAACCCAGAUAGAAGUCUAGUCUAAGUGGUUAUCAUAUCUGUGUAGAAGACUUGAAAAUCAUUUGACUCGCAGAGCAUGUUGUUGUUGUUUCCCAUAAUUGACCAUUGCCAUUUUGUAAAAAAAAAAAAAAAGAAUUUAUGGAAACAUUUUUUCAUUUAUGGAUUUUUCCAUCUUGUUCAAAUGCAUUAGUAUCUCCAGUUUUAGAAAUGACCAGCAGAGGACAUCACAAGCUCUGAGGAAACAAGGCAUGGCAUUGCUGUGUCUAAUACGGGCAUUUUUGUAUGUUUGCCUUUUUCCUUAAUAGAAAUAAACUAUGUACUGGUUUUUUUUUUUAUAAAUUGUUUCAUAAAGUAUGACUGACUUUUUUUGGGAAAUACA